GUUUUCAUGUAAAAGAACAUUUAAACCCCGAUUGUUUUUGUUUUUUACCUGCCGGUUCAGUGAGUCAAGUCAACCAGCAAAAGUAGGAGGUUCCCAUUAAAAAAAAUAGAAUGUCUUCGUAUGUUGGAUUUGCUAAUUUACCAAAUCAGGUGCAUCGAAAAACUGUAAAGCGUGGUUUUGAGUUUACUUUGAUGGUAGUGGGAGAGUCUGGUCUUGGUAAAUCGACAUUGAUUAACAGUUUGUUUCUGACAGAUUUAUAUACUGACAGAAUUGUACCCCCUGCUAAAGAUCGAAUCAAAAGCACACUAAACAUAGAAACAUCUGCUGUAGAAAUUGAAGAGCGUGGUGUAAAACUCAAAGUGACUGUAGUUGAUACUCCUGGUUUCGCCGACAGCCUUGACUGCUCUGAAAGUUUCAUACCCAUUGUGAAGUAUAUUGAACAACAAUUUGAAAAUUACUUGCGUGAUGAAUCUGGAUUGAAUCGAAGAAAUAUCACAGAUAACAGAGUGCAUUGCUGUUUUUAUUUCAUCAAUCCCUCUGGGCACGGUUUACGUCCUAUUGAUGUCAAAUUCAUGAAACUUUUACACGAGCGUGUUAACAUCGUACCAGUAAUAGGCAAAGCAGACACACUCACUAAACGUGAACUGGCUGAUUUGAAACAAAAGGUGUUGCAAGAAGCUCGCAGUAAUCAAAUUAAGAUUUAUGAUUUCCCUGAAUGCGAUGAGGAUGAGGAGGACGAGUUUAAAACGCUGACCAAGGAACUGAAGUCCGCAGUACCGUACGCCGUCAUUGGAAGUAACACAACGAUUGAUAUACGUGGGAAGAAAGUGAGAGGAAGAAAGUAUCCAUGGGGGAUUGUCGAAAUUGAGAAUCCCAAUCAUUGUGAUUUCAUCAAGCUUCGAACUAUGUUGAUCACGUAUAUGCAAGAUUUGAAAGAAGUCACUCAAGACUUUCACUAUGAAAAUUAUCGAGCGCAGCGAUUAUCUACCCCGCCUGGAACACCUAGUAAGGACCGCAAGAAGAAGAGCUCUAAUACUGGCGCACAAGAAGUCGUUGAUGGUAAAGAAGCUGAUAAAGAUGAAAUGUUGAAACAGAAACAACAACAGCUUCUCGAGAUGCAAGAACAGCUUCAAAAAAUGCAGAGAGCGAUGGAAGAACAGCAACGAGAGAAUGAACAUCGGAGAUAAUAUCGUUAUGAUUAUCCGCGGAAGAGAACCGGUUUAUCAAAUCCCUUUUUUCUAUAUAUAUAUAUCGCGAUGUUCCCUUACAUCGAAUUACAAGUAGUUCGUGGAACAUUAUCAUCAAGAAUAUUUAAAAUUUUUGUACAACAUUUGUUACCCCCGUUUUACAUAUUUAUGUAGUGUUCUCCAUCGUAGAGAUUUUUUAGCACACUUUUAGGUCCAUCUGAUGACAGACAUUAAUAUUUUCAAAUGUCCUUCGUUAAACUGUUAUAGACGAACACUCAUUGUCGUCAUUUUUACGUCGGGUUGUAAAAACUGCUAUGAUUCUCAACGCGCAGUAGAAUUUUGAAAGUGUGUUUUGAAGUUUUGUUUUGAACAGUUUUAUUGUUGUUCAUCGUUUUGUUUGUAAUAUCAUAUCUGAAUUUUUUGAACACCUUAUUUAACUUUGUAGACAUUUUUUGUAGAUCGAAACAAACCAAGAAA